CAAAGCUAGCAAGCCACACUGCACUGCACGCUACUCGAUCGGUGCCUCUCUCUACCACUACUACUACUCUGCUCACUGGCAUACUGCAUUGCUGCUACUGUACGCGUAGUCUCUCACAGUGCCCUGCCAAGAAGAUCUCCCGUAGUCAAUUCGCUUGAUCAGGCCAGGCUACUCAGUACUCACUUAAGCGAGAGGAGAGGAAGAAAAGGGGGAGGAAUUCUUUCGUGGGAGCGUUAGGAGGAGAGAGAGAGGGAGAGAGAGAGCUUGUGCUACGAUCGAUCGGGCCGGGAAAGGCGAUGGGGCGAUCGCCGUGCUGCGAGAAGGAGGGGCUGAAGAAGGGGCCAUGGACGCCGGAGGAGGACCAGAAGCUGCUCUCCUACAUUGAGCAGCAGGGCCACGGCUGCUGGCGCUCGCUGCCGGCCAAGGCCGGGCUGCAGCGGUGCGGCAAGAGCUGCCGGCUCCGGUGGACCAACUACCUCCGGCCGGACAUCAAGAGGGGCAAGUUCAGCCUGCAGGAGGAGCAGACCAUCAUCCAGCUCCAUGCGCUUCUCGGCAACAGGUGGUCAGCGAUCGCGACGCACCUGCCCAAGCGUACCGACAACGAGAUCAAGAACUACUGGAACACGCACCUCAAGAAGCGGCUGGCCAAGAUGGGCAUCGACCCGGUCACGCACAAGCCGCGCUCCGACGUGCCCGGCGGCGCGGGCGGCGCCGCCGAGGGGGCGGCCGGCGCGCAGCACGCCAAGGCCGCGGCGCACCUCAGCCACACGGCGCAGUGGGAGAGCGCGCGGCUCGAGGCCGAGGCGCGCCUGGCGCGGGAGGCCAAGCUGCGGGCGCUCGCCACGUCCGCCUCCUCCUCGGCGCAGUACCUGUCGGCGGCCCACGCCGCCGCGCCCGGGCUCGACUCGCCCACGUCCACGCUCAGCUUUGCGGACAGCGCGGCGCUCGCGUCGGUGCUGGAGGCGCACAGUGCCGCGGCCGCCGCGCGCGCAGCCAUGCAGCCCAUGCAGGCGUACGAGGAGGCGUGCAAGGACCAGAACUGGGGCGACGCCGACGCCGCCGACGCGGGCUUCGCCGAGGCGGCGGGCUUCACCGGGCUGCUUCUUGACGGCUCGCUGAACCAGAACCCGAGGCCGGCGGCGAGGGACGACGCCGAGGCGGGCGCCGAAGCGCACGAGACAGAGGAGGAGAAGAACUACUGGAACAGUAUACUGAACCUGGUCAACUCGUCUGCGUCAGCGGUGGUGCCCGCCGAUGAGGCGUACUCGCCGGCGCCAGAGUACUGAGUGGUGGCGACCUCUGCACAUGCUUUGCCUGCAUGCACCCGAGACCCCACCAGGCACAUGACACAGUAAAUAGUUAUUAGUGGUGACCGUGGAAUAAGAUGGGACUAAUGCUAGUACUACAGUUAAUCGCGUUCUUGGGUUUAUUAUCUGACACAGUGCUCUGAUUAGACGUGCGAGCAAGAAGGUUUUAUCGAUCUUGGAGCUUGUUGCCUGCAGCUACCUUCGGCAAAAUUACUUACAUGUGUUGUAAAACUAAGACAAUGAUCUCGGAUUUCUUCUUCUUCUUCGAACAAUGCCUGAUAAUUUAUCUACUUAACUAUUGUAAUCUUA